AUGGUUUCUCUAGAGGCCAAACCUGUGAUGUCGCGCGGGUUGCAUGGCAAGGAGGACGAUUUAUACCUCAAGUGGAGUGAGGUCAUGAAUCCAAGCCAGCUCUUAAAAAAACUUGUUGGAAACCGUGAGCAUGCUCGGGCUCUCUCCCAUGGAUUGAGACGACAGGUCAAAUCCAUCCGCGACCGCUCGCAGUCCUACGAUGAUGGACAGGUUACAAUCUAUGACCGUGUCCUGCUUCGUCUCUAUGAUGAGGGCCACACUAUGCAACACUACGGUGUGCUUGAAUUCUACCUGGCUGAGUAUCUGGGAACAAAGAACUGUCGCUCGGAGAAUGAGAGCAAUGCUGUCAUUGCUGCGCAUUUUGCUGCCCAGCGCAUCCUGGAUAAUGGCCCUAUUCCCAAAAUACCAGUUACUGCAACCGAUACCGUGGAAGGUGCCACCGAAGAUGCCAACGCCAGCAAGUCGCCACAAAGCUCUAGCGCAUCCAAAUCGCCCAAUACUGAAAAGCUCAUCCGGGUGUAUCAGAAGGCCAAAGCUGAUUACUACAUCCUCGAAGUCACCGAGUGCCACCGCGAGCGGACUAACAGCGUCCGAUUUCUCCGUGAUACGGCCGAGAACCUACUGCGAUACCUCAAGGCAGUUGAUAAAGAUAACGACCUGAUUCCCGAGAUCGAGGCCAUCAUUCAGGUCAGCCAGGCGCAUGCAAGCCAACUCGCUGGCGGUCGCAAGCGCAAAUUUGAGCAUAUGGACGACGACUCGAGAGGCAGCCCAAGCCUUAGCCCCUACCGACCUUACGGACACCAGCUGAACCACCGCGGAGGACUCAAGCGUUGGGAUCGAUAUGUUCCUGGAAGUGACACAUGGGACCAUAGCCACGUCAACAGAGGAAUUGGACUGGAUAGCCGUACCUUCGACUCUUACCGUCCUUAG